AUGCCCCGCUAUGGUCGUCGCCCCAUGUGCGCAUACGCUCGUGAAGAAGCCGCUCCCGUCAAGUUGAAGAAGCCGCGAGUCAAAGUCGUUCUGACGCCCGAAGAAAAGGAAGAGAAAAAGCUUCUUGCCGCGACUCGCAAGGAGAUGCGCGAGAAGAAGAAAGUAUGGGAGGAGGGUCUCGCGUCGGAAGGUCGCAGAGUCACCUACGCCAUCGGCACGAAGGUUCUAUUCAAGAGCGACGCGCAGAGAUCUUUCGGCUUGACGCCCAAGGAGAUACUGAGUCUCCCGCAUCAAGCCUUUGCGGGCUCUUCAAAGACGGUGUAUUCGCUUGACUCACUCAAGCAACUUGCGGAACGCAAGCGCGCCGCUCUCGGUCCAGAAAACUUUGACUACGACGCGCGCAGUAUCAUGGAUGCCGCUGGCGGCUCGAUGACAGAUAUCGGAUUGACUUCGAUGCUCACUGGCAACGGCGUGCUGGCGACGAUGAAAGGGGAGCCACGGUAUACGAUGACGAUCAACGGCACCAGGCUGACGCAUCUCAAUGGUCGUCCGGACAAGUAUGAUAGGAUGGGUUACUAAUAAGAGGUUACGGUCAUACGCGCCAUAGUUUAUAGACAUUACGCUCGGACUGGGGUAGAACGUAGCUCACUCCAGGAUUAUUCUUCGGCUUGAGAUUGUACACAGUGCAUCGACACAUUAAUUACU